CAACUCGCAAUUUGUCUGUUCAUUGAGAUACUGUCUCGGAGGCAUUUAAAGCGUGUGCUUAGCUCAAUUGCAUUAGUAAUUGUGAACGAAAGGCGCGCACACUUUGGCUUCUGUGUGCACAUGCAUCACGUGCUGUUCAUGGUUGAUGUGUAAGUAUACUCUAAUGUCACGUUUUACUUGCCAGAUGUAGUAAAUGCAGAAGCAAGUACAGCAGCAUCAUCGCCCGUCACAUCAAUGACAAGAACUACAAGUCAUGGAGCAUCUCCGUCAGCGUCAAGUGAAAGUAGAACUUCUGUCAGCAAAGAUGCAGAUAAUCAAGUUGCCUACAUCGCUGCUGGUGUUGGGGGAUUUGCCGCAGUCGUCAUUGUUGUCGUCGUCAGUGUUCUGUGUAUCAGACGAAGGAGAGGACGUCCUGUGAAUAACGGCAGUGCACAUGAACACAAGCACGAGGCAUCACAUACCUACUACAAUGAAAAUCGCGUCUUACAAGACCAAGACAUUAACGACAAAGUUCAAGUGGAAAAUGACGUUUAUGAGACUUCACAUGACGUCACUUCACCCAACCAGCCUUCAACAAAUGAUCACGUGAUAACAGAUGUUUAUGCCCAAGUGCAGAAACCAAAGAAAAAUGCGCCGAAACCUACAGGUACAGCUGACGACAUCAACAUUGAAGAUCUAUCUGCCAAACCUGACAAAACUAAGACCCGGAAGAAGCAGGAAGACUAAUAGAGGCUGGAAAAGGGGCAUCCUUUGGUGAUGAGAAAUGGACUGUUAAAUGAAAUGUCAGAAUUCUGAAAAAGGAGAUGUACUGUACAUAUGCGAUGACACAUCUUUGUGAAAUAGUAUCAUACUCUCUUCAGCAGUAUGAUUGGUACAGUGUUCUCAUUAUAAACGUUGAUUGUGUAUAGAAUAUAUAAAUCAAAUUUCAAUACCAGAGAAUAACCAAUCUCGCUUUCCCAAUAACGCAUAUUGCAUUGCGCGAAAAUGACAGUGCAGCUGUGAACAUGUAUGAAUGGAUAAUUACUAAUCCGUGAUGACACCAGGUGUUCGCGAAAAGGAUAAGCAUGGGCUGCCCUACCGGUAUUACCCACCUUUCUCGCAACUUGCACCAAAAUGUAAGUGUUUGUUGUAUCACAACAAGAAUGUAUCUAAAUCUUCAUUCUUAGACGCUUUAAUGUACUCAGGGUUACAGGGUCCACGUAUGCAACAGCUAUCUGUUUACUCCAAGAUCCCCUGCUCCAGCUUGUAACUCAUCACUUGUUGCCAAACUUGUCAUACAGUCACGAACAUGAUUUGUGCCCUUUUACAUUUUUAUGAUUUAUUGUUAAAUUUACAUUUAAUGCAGAUUCAAACUGGCUAUUUUCCACAUUUGUUCAGGAAAUUUCUUUCUGUGAAAUGAUAAAAAGGAUCCCAUGUUCAUGUACGUCCUUGUGAAUUAGUGACGGAAGAAGUGAGUGUAUGAAACCCACGAGCAUUGGUAUGGUGCUAAGAAAUCAAGCGUCGUUAACUCUGCAUCGCGAAACGGGGAAUCUAACGCCAGUUUUGUAUCCAUGCCCCAGUGAUUUUUUCAGGGCUUUUGUAUGAAUUCCUAUCUCAGGAUGGCAGUUAAUAAUAUGAACAAACACAGUUGAAAUUGACCAUAUUGUAAAUUCGACCUGUAUUGUCAUUAUGUUAAAACAAGGAUUAUAAAUGAUGACAUCACUUUAACGGUGACAGAUCUGUUUUUUGGUAAAAAUGGUGUCACAAAUUCUUUGGUGUCCAUAUACAGUUAUUGUGUCCGUAGGCAACACAUCAUGACCCAUUUCCUAGUUUCAUUUAUGAAGUUUUUACUCCAUGAAAUAAUCAAUCGCAUCGCCACUCAUAACACAGGGGUGUUUAACGUCUUACCAGUUAUUACGAAAAACAAUUGUUUUAUAUAUGAGAAGGUCGAUGAUUAUUUAUAUGUAAUGUCACAAACACAGGCAAUAUCCCGAACACUACCAACGGCAUGGUUUGGGAGUGACAAAAUUGAUUUAAUAUUAAAUACACUUCCUUUCCUAAUGCUAAAUCUUUUGUCAGUAACAGUUAUCUGUUAAUGAUAAACUAACUUCCUUAUUUGUAUAAUAUCUAAUGAAACCAAAUAGAUUAUACAACUACUUUCAUUUUAUUUAGAUCGCUUAUGUAGAUAAAAGUGAGGUAAAGUUCGACACGCCAUCUUACAAUCAGCUGAUUUAUGUUUAUUUUGUAAAAUGAAAUGCAUAUGCAUGACACUUUCCUCAUAUUCCGUUAUUUCGGUUGUUUAUCCAUGUUAUCUCUCACCUGAGCCUGGUGUGUACCAGGCUGGUACUGACAUGUACAAUAUGAGUCAUAUGAGUAAUAAGUAUAUUGUCAUCCGUCAACUUCUAAGUAAUGCCUAUCAAACACAAAAACAAAAUAGUAUCCCCGUGUCUAAUGUAUUGUCACUUUUCCCCCACCACAUGUGACUAUCACUAUAAAGUGUAUACGUCUAUCCCUUUCGAAUCAAUUCCAGGUGUUUUUAUGCCAUAACUAGUCAGUAUAUGCUGACAUCCAUGUGAAUUAACGCCCGUACACAACAGAUAUGGAAGUGUUGUGUACUCCUCUGACUUGUACAUUUCCAUGUUGUGCAGCAAAUCCUUGACAUUUCUGAUCACUCAAACUUUGAUAUCUGUCAGUAACGUAUAUAUGUGUGCUUGAUAAACAUUCAUGUUUUCUCAAUUCAGGCGUGUACAAGAACAGCUUGUAUUACAUGGCUAUUCGUGAACACAGCAUAUCGUUCUUUGGUCGCCACCCGCAGCAAUGCAUAGCCUACAGACAGGCAGUAUAUGUUACCCUGGUAUUUGUGUAACAUUAGCCUGUUUUUGAAAGUGGUGUAUAUUUAGACAGCCGUUCCCUGCUGAAUAUCACUUCCUGGUCAGGGAAACACCAACUUGUUCAACCUGUUUCUGAAUGUGUUGACAGGACUACAGGUGAGCUGAGUAAAUAGGGAUGAUUUGAAAAACAAAUCGUUUUGACUCUGGCAGUAACUGUAUGUCCCUCGUGGGACACACAAAGUUUGUUAUAUAGAGUUACUUCCCCUAGACCGCCCACCUAAAACGUCGUAGACUAAUAUAUAGUCCCAGAAUUAAAGUUAUCUUAUUAGAAAAUACAUAUCUACACAACAAAAAUAAUGAUUUAAAACAGAGCCCAGAACAAUCCGUAUCUAGACUUGCCAAAAUUAAUCAUUCAAGAGCUUGAGUUGGACUUAUAUAUUCUCUUGGGUCUUGGAGACAAUAAACUUCAAUGUAUCACACACCAAGCAAAUCUGAAAUAUGGAGGAUGCGGUAUCAGUGGGAAUAUCAACAAUAUUUAUAAAUAAAGAGGAUAACCAAGUGAGCAAGUGAUAAUGCAUUUGAAGAAUAUAUUUGUUUUUUGAUUGAUUUAUAUAUGUAAGUUUAUACUGUAAAGUCGUCAUUGAAUAAACAUUUGUCAAUCAC